CAAGGUAUAAUGCCACAAAUUGUCAAACCGCUCCCAAAUACCACCCGAUGGGUUUCUUUGUACAAGACUAAAAGAGGGAAACGCUCUGAAUAGAAAAUCCUCUCCCCUCGCCGCCAUAGCAUUCCCUAGUUUUCCUCCGCGCCAGCUACGUCGGAGACGGUAUAGAAGAUAUCAGAGAACAGGAGAUUUAAUGGCCGAUCCAAGAAUCUACGGCGGAGACGACCCCGAUCGCCGGCAGGAGCCCGGCCGGAGGCUCUACAACCCCUACCAGGACCUCCAGAUCCCCUACCGGAACCUCUACGACCUCCCCACCUCGCCGGAGUUCCUUUUCCAGGAGGAGUCCGUUGCCCAGCGCCGCUCCUGGGGCGAGAACCUCACCUACUACACCGGCAUCGGCUACCUCACCGGCGCCGUUGCCGGCGCCUCCCUCGGCCUCCACCGCGCCCUCCGCGCCGCCGAACCUGGCGACACCCCCAAGAUCCGCGUCAACCGCAUCCUCAAUUCAUCCGGCCAGGACGGCCGCCGGAUCGGAAACCGCCUCGGCGUGCUCGGCCUCCUGUAUGCAGGGAUGGAGAGCGGGAUGGUCGCUGCUAGGGAUACUGAUGACUGGAUCAACAGCGUGACUGCUGGGCUCGGCACCGGGGCCCUGUUCAAGGCCGCGAAUGGGCCGCGUUCGGCGGCUGUCGCUGGCGCCAUCGGGGGGUUGAUGGUGGGAGCUGCUGUCGCUGGGAAGCAGGCGCUGAAGAGAUAUGUACCUAUCUAGGGUUUGUUUGGAAUCCUUCUAGCUCCUGAUCCUCUCGAUCUGUUAUUUUCUUCUCGUUUCUUGAUUCUAGAGGGGACCAAAAUAUGCGUGUCCAUUUUUGCACUUACAUGCAACCAUGGAGGGACCGGAAAGGUCAAAUAAUUGGUUGGAAUAAGCCGAUAACAACAAUUUCAUUAAUUUAAAUUUCGUUAUAUGAUAGUAUAACUGUUUGUAUUUUGGUUUUGAGGAUUAACUUAUGUGACUCUGUUCUUGAUAGA